AUGAAGCCAGGAAAUUCUAGUUUGAACCCAUAUGCAGCCUCGUAUAUACCUCUUUUUAGGAGGGAGGUAGUUGAACAUACUCAGUCUCCAGGAAUGGUUGCAAAAGCUCCACAGAGUGGCAAUCGAAAUGUGUGGUAUGGACCUGGUUAUGCCGCUGAGAACAGGCAGCAUGGGGUAGCUUCUCCAAUUACUUCAGCCUCGACAGAGAGCCACUAUGGGCAUGGAGUCUAUGGUUCAUCAUCACAACUUCAUGAUGGAAGAACCAAUAAGCAAAUUAUGGAUGAAGAGUCUGACUUUGAGUUGGAAUUUCUACAGAUGACGUUUCCUGGUGUAUCUUCCGAAUCACUUAUGGAUGUGUAUGCAGCUAAUAAUGGAGACUUGGAAAAUACUGUUGACAUGCUUAACCAGCUUGAGGUUGACAUUCCUCUCCCAGAUUCUCUGGAUAUCUGGGAUGUUUCGGAGCCAGUGUCAUCGGUGAAACAGAAAAGCUUCGUAGGUGAAACCAGUGCCUCUUCAUCUGGUUCCUCCUCUGUCUCGGGCCCCGCAGUCUCAACAACCUGA